AUGCCUUUGAAGUGCUAUUUUUUGUAUUUGAAAUAUAAGAAAUUAAGAAUUAAUAUCGGUGGUGUUGUGGGGGGAGAUGGGAGAAGAGUCCCUGCCAUCUGGGGUCUGACUCUCCCAACCACUCGGAAGGUUGUGGAAGAAUCAGAUACAGGUCAAAAGCGUAGAUACAAAGUUUGUACUUUUAUUCAGCAAACAUGCAAGAAUACAGCUGCCUUCUCUCAGAGACAGACAGGGGUGCCUAAAACAGAGCCACUCUUGAACUGGGCCUUCAGUCUCCUCACAAAUACGGAAGCAAAAAACCAAACAAGUACAGCAGAAUUCUUACUUUUGGGUCUCUCAGAGGAUCCAGGACUGCAGCCCCUUAUCUUUGGACUGUUCCUGUCCAUGUACUUGGUAACAGUGCUUGGGAACAUGGUCAUCAUCCUGGCCAUCAGCACUGACUCCCACCUCCGUACCCCCAUGUACUUCUUCCUCUCCAACCUGUCCUUCACUGACAUCUGUUUCAGCUUCACCAUGGUCCCCAAGAUGCUGGUGAAUAUCCUGAAACAGAGCAGAGCCAUCAGUUACAAAGGCUGCCUUACCCAGCUCUGCUUGGUCCUGGUUUUUGCUGGAUUAGAAAACCUUCUGCUUGCAGCAAUGGCCUAUGACCAUUACAUAGCCAUCUGCCAUCCACUUAGGUACACAGUCGUCAUGAACUCCUGUCUAUGUGUUCUGCUGACUCUGUUCUCAUUGCUCACUAGCACUGUAGAUGCCCUGCUGCACUGCCUGAUGGUACUUCGCCUGUCAUUCUGUGCAGACCUGGAAAUCCCCCACUUCUUUUGUGAACUGGACCAGGUCAUCAAGCUGUCCUGUUCUGACACCCUCCUCAACAACAUCUUGGUAUAUGUAGUGACCAGCAUAUUGGGUGGUGUCCCUCUCCUUGGGAUUAUUUUCUCCUACUUUAAAAUUGCCUCUUCUGUUGUAAGAAUGCCCUCAACUGAGGGAAAGUACAAAGCAUUUUCUACCUGUGGGUCUCAUCUUUCUGUUGUUUCCCUGUUCUGUGGGACAGCUUUUGGAGUGUACAUCAGCUCUGCAGCGACUGACUCAUCCAGAAAGCCUGCAGUUGCCUCAGAUAUGUAUACAGUGGUCCCUCCAAUGACGAACCCCUUUAUUUACAGUCUGAGGAGCAGAGACAUGAAGGAAGCCUUGAAGAAACUGAUCAGCACAUCUCACUCUGUGUAA